AUGGGCUCCAGCGAUGGCGAAUCGCUUGCAGCUGCUACAUACAGCAUCUAUUUGGUCAUGCUUCUCGUGUCCUUUUUCUUCGCGUACUGCCUCUCCAAUCGCUGCAGCUCCUGCGUCUACCUUUCCGAAGCAGGAAUGUCCCUCCUGGUCGGAUUUAUCGGCGGAGGAAUUCUCGAACUCCUGGUCCACGAAGAUCAGAGUGAUCGAUUUGCGGAGAAGGAGGUUAGGCAGACAGUCGUCGGCUUUUCAUCUACUGUACUCUUUUGCGUGCUUCUGCCGCCGAUCAUUUUCGAUUCUGGCUUUCGCAUGCGUGGCGCCUUCUUCUGGGCGAACAUCGACAAGAUCAUGGUCCUGGCUUUCUUCGGGACCCUGGUGUCCUCCCUGGUGGUGGGAGCCAUGCUGGCUUCAGCAUCCGGUGUGCUUCCUUUCUAUCCAGAUGUCGCUGGCAACUCCUCGAAGAUAUCACUCCCCGAGGCCUUGACUUUCGGUGCUCUGAUUUCUGCGACGGACCCCGUCACGACCCUGGCGAUUUUCGAGCAACUGCAUGUGGACCCUCAUCUCUUCAAUGUGAUCUUUGGAGAGAGUGUGCUGAACGAUGCCGUUUCCAUUGUGCUCUUCCACUCGUUUUCCAAAGCGAUCGGGCAGGAGGAGAAGAAUGUCGCAGCGAGCGUCCUUAGAAUGGUUUGGGAUUUCAUCGUCAUCUUCGUCGGCUCUGCGGUCAUCGGUGCUGGGUUGGGCUGCUUUUCCGCGCUGCUUUUUAAGCAUGCGGCCUUAUCCAGCCACACUGACCUCCAUGGCCCAAAGCUGGAGCUGUCGAUUUUUCUCGUCUUUUGCUACGCCCCCUUCCUCCUAGCUGAUGGUCUUGGUCUCAGUGGCAUUGUGGCCAUCCUCUUCACUGGCCUGGUGAUGAAAAGGUACACUUAUUUCAAUUUGUCGCAGUCGGCUCGCGAGACGGUGGCCACGGUGGUCUCCAUGAUGGCAAGUUGUGCAGAGACGCUGAUCUUCAUUGAUCUGGGCACCUCUGCCUGGGGCAGCCUCGGGGCUGAUCUGGCGCUCCUGAGCUGGGUGCUCUUCGCCUGCCUUGUGGCGCGUGCGGCGAAUGUGUACGUGUCGGGCUGGCUACUGAAUUCGCGGGAACCGAGCUAUCCACGGCGGCGCUUCGAAGCCAAUGACAUGCACAUGGUGUGGUUCGCCGGUUUGCGGGGUGCCAUCGCCUUUGCCCUGUCCACUCAGUUCCCGGGUCCCCAUCGCCACUGCUUCAUGGCCCUGGCAAUGUGGGUCGUGCUGACCUCGGUCUGGCUGCUGGGGGGAGCGACAGCGCCUGUGCUUGGGGCGCUGAGGAUCCGGCGAUGUCAUGGCGAUCAGCUGAAACAGCUUGCGCUCACGCUGGAACCGGCCGUGAAACGCUUGGCGUUUGUGCAGCUGGACAGGCAGUACAUCACCCCGUUAUUGCUGCGCAACGAACGCAGCGAGUUCUCCCCUGUGGCCGGGCGUGCUGAUACAGAGCUAGCCGAACCCGCCAUGUCGGAGAUGUCGGAAAGAGGGGAGGAUGCCAGAAGCCCGGUGAUCCGGCCACCUCCUUCGAGCGACGCAGAUGUUGAAGGUGGCGGCGCGGCGCCAGCCCCGUCGCCUUUGCACUCCUCGCCCCUUCUGACGGCCUCCGCAGAAGAUGCGGAGUAA